GGCUGAUUUCAAUAGUGUAUUAGUCUAUGAUCUCGAUUCAAAAACAGCUGCAACUGUAGCAACCUAUGGUGAUAUUCCUCCUGCUCGAGUUGGGUAAGCAUAUAGUGAAGCUUAGCAAGGACAAUCUUUUUACCACUUUUUUAUAUAAAGCUACUCUGCCGUGCCUGGACCUGAUGGUAGAUCUAUUGUUAUGUUUGGUGGCUAUGUCUCCAAAGACAAAACCGAUGGCACUGUUGUUAAUCCUGACGUUUAUGUUCUUGAUACCUGUACAUUGGCUUGGUCAAAGAAAUCGGUCGGCGGUACCUCACCACCAGGAUUAUUUGCCCAUGGAGCAGCGAGCAUUAACAAUUAUAUGGUUGUCAUUAUGGGCAAGACAAGUCAAAAUAACUAUAAUCGUUUAGUUUACAUCCUUGAUAUGAACAACUGGAAAUGGGUGACUGAUGUUGACGCCAGUAGUCUCAUACCAACCAUUUCACCAUCUGCUCAAUGUCAAUUUACUAUACCUAAUGUCAAUGAAGUAACCUUUAAGCCUCUUGACUACGACAAUAGUGUCAUCCAAAACCCUCUAGCUCCAAUCUCUGACACAGCCAAGAAAGAAGGCUUUGGCAUUGGAUUUACUUUCUUUGCUCUGAUUCUUAUUGGUAUUAUUGGCUAUUACUAUUAUAAGAGACGUACACGUAGAAGAUCAAAUCCGAUGAAUCCUCGAUGGAUGCGAACCAUGACUUCUUCGGAGAGAAGCCAUAGCCGUGAUUACCCAUUGUUUGUGUAUAAUAAGGAAUUAGAUAGGGAUAACCCAAAUAACCCUCAUCGCCCUACACCAACGGCAGCUGCUGCAUUUUCUCCUCAUGAAGUCAAGACUUACACUGCAUCAGAUCAUGAACAAUGGGAGCAGCAGCUGAAUGCGGAAACACAUAAUGAUAAGAAUAGCAUCAGCCAAGAUAUCUGGGAACGUAUGCGUGGUUUAUCAAGUAAUGGUGAAGAGGUUAAAAGUCCACAGAAUCGAAAGAUACUGGAUGUUUAAGCAAAUUCUUGCAACUCUGUUACUCUUUUUGCCUUGUAUUAUUAAAUAUACAGAAAACGCUGUUGUACAAGAAUUGAACCC